AUGUUUCUUUCUUUCUUUCUUUCUUUCUUUCUUUCUUUCUUUUGGUGCUAUAUAAUGUUCAUCUUUCUUUACCUGAAUCGUCUCUAUCUCUUCUUUCUAUCUUUCUUUCUUUUUCUUUCUUUCUUUCUUUCAUUCUUUCUUUCUUUCUUUCUUUCUUUCUUUUCCUGUUAUCAACCUAAACUCUCGCUAUCUCUCUUUAUCUCUCUUUAUCUCUCUCUCUCUCUCUCUCUCUCUCUCUCUCUCUCUCUCACGCACACACACUCAUUCUCUCUCCCUCUUUAUUUUUCUCUUUCAUGUCAUGUAUGUCUGGAUUUGUCGCCAUUCCACUUCGUUAUAAGGUGUUGGGGGCUGCGAGGAAAGGGACAAUUCAUGCUUUAUUGGUUAAACGCUCAAGGUUAUUCCAGAAUGCAGCAGUUUAGCCCUACCCCUAGUUUUCUCCCCCACUCUCUCUCUCUUUCUCUCUCUCUCUCACAUGCAUACGUAGCCUCUCUCUCUCUCCCUCUCUCUCUCCCUCUCUCUCUCCCUCUCUCUCUCUCUCUCUCUCCUAGUUUCUAUAUAUUAUUCGAUCUGCCUCUCCCUUACCCUCCUUUUUGUAUGCUUCAUCUCUUUCUUUCUUAUUCGUUCCUUCUUUUUAUGUAA